UAAAAUAAUGCGAACGUUUUAGCAAGUAUUUUUUAAUAUUUACCAACGCUAACUCAUUUCACAAAAAUUUGCUUUGUAAUUUACUUUGAACUGACGAAAACCCAAAACCAUAUUCAAAGAAGAUAAUCCGUUCAAACAACGACGUCAGAAAAUGGCUAACGAGCCUGUCGUAUCGACACCAUUGUUCGUUCAAUCACAGGUCCUAAUGGCUGAAAGUUGAAAGAAUUCCGAGAAACUCGUGCGAAUAUUAAUUAAAUUCCGCAGCUACACGGAUUCUUGCCAACUCGGAGUAAAAUGUUCAGCUACAGCGGGACAAAACUUGUCAGGUAAACAGAUUACAAGUUCUAGAAGCUAGACAACCUAUCAAGACAAUCUGCAAUCUAUAAUGCAAACUACACAGACGCUUUCAAUCCGGCAACAAUGCCGCCGUAAGCCGGCAGCUUCGCAGCUAAUCCUGAAACUUAAUAAUCGUGUAAGAGUGUGACGUCUCGCCGGCAAUCGAUACGCAAAGUAGGUUUUCGGCAAUGUAGCAAAUAUUGUAGAUGUCGGUCGCGAGGUGGGCCCGCGUGAGGCGUGCGUGAGACGGCGAGCGGCUUGUUCCCGCCCUCCGCGCAUGCCCGCGCACCCUCCGCGUCAUCAUUUAAAAUAAUACUGGCUGCAUCGGAGGCUCCACUCGGACGUAUCGUUGUCAUUGUCGCGGUAUCGGUGGACGCGUCCAGUCCUGGGCAGCAGCCAGUAGCGAGCUCGAUAGUGGGAGCGCGGUAUCGAUCGCGCCGAGGCGUGCGGGUGGGUAUUCUCGUGUCGGUCCCCGGCGGCGCCGCCAGUGCCCCGCGUCGCUCCGCCAUGCUCGCCGCCCGCUGAGCCACUCCGAGCCGCACUACGUCGCCGCCGCUCGCGCUUCACUGAACGCUCUCCGAUCGAUCCCGAACACGCAAACUUUCAGUCGACAAAAUGGGCUGCUUCGUGAGCAAGGACAAGCUCACCAAGGAGGACAUGGACUUCCUGAAGACGAACACCUCGUACGACGAAACCACCAUCAAGGAGUGGUACAAGGGGUUCAAGCAAGACUGCCCCAACGGGCGUCUCACCCCGGCCAAGUUCGUCGACAUGUACAAGAUGUUCUUCCCGUCCGGGAACGCCGUCGAGUUCUGCGACCACGUGUUCCGCACCUUCGACAUGGACAAGAACGGAUACAUUGACUUCAAGGAGUUUCUACAGGCGAUUCAUGUGACGUCUAGCGGAACCCCAGAAGAGAAGCUCAAGUGGGCGUUCCGUAUGUACGAUGUGGACGGCAACGGGGUCAUUGACAUCCAGGAGAUGACCAAGAUUGUGCAGGCGAUCUACGACAUGCUGGGCGCUUGCUCGAGCAACCGGCCCGCCGACUCGGCCGAGGAGCGAGCCAAGAACAUCUUCGCCAAGAUGGACGAGAACAAUGACGGCCAGCUCACGCAGGACGAGUUCCUCAAGGGAUGUCUCCAGGACGAGGAGUUGUCCAAGAUGCUCGCACCCUAAGCUGGGGAAACCCACUUUCAACCCCCACACCCACACCCCCCCGUAACUCAAACAAACGUGCUCGCGGCUUUUGGUAACUCGUAAUGUGUGUCACUAGUGCACCCCUCCGCACUGUGACACGGCUUAGUGUCGACUAGAAACAAUGUUCUCCUGUUCUGUAUCUGCAUUCCUCCUGUGUAAUCCUACUCGUUCGUGUUAGUGAGAGACUGAAUGUUUGUUGUUGUUGUUGAACAUCUGGGUAAUGCUGUGAACGGUUCUCAACGAGCGGAAUAUUUGGUUUGUAUCGCUUGAGAUUUCUAGUUGAGACUCGCUUCGGGCGUCUCGGCACACGUGUUGGGUAUGUUUGGAUUGUUGUCGGAUUUGGCCGCUUACACACUUGGGUGUAGCGAUGUGUGUGUGAACACUCGGGGUAGGUCGCACGGAGCACGCCGCGAGCUCGCUUGCUCAGCCACAUUCACCCACAGGAAGACACGGUAACUUACAGAGCUCCCCCCUUCUCAUUUUAAAUCGUUUUGUACAAAUAAAUAUUAUGUAUAAGUGAUUAUGAUUAUAUUUAUCGGUGUAACGAACUUAGGCCUCGAUAACUUUCUCUGAAAUGUUCAUUCCUAUUUAAGAAAUUUUCUCAUGCCUUUGAACAAUUAAGUCCGUACCAUCCGCAACUUUUAGAUAACUCUAUUAUAUUAUUAUAUAUUUAUGGAUAUUGACUAGUCUGUCUCACUCGUCCCCCCAGCCACUAUUGGACUGUUUCAGCACGACAUUAAGUCAAUCUUUAUAUUUUAGUGUAAGGUAGCUUUUAAGGGUAGAAAUUGUAUCAAAUAGAUCAGAUUUAACUGAGCACGCAGCCCUCUCCGGGUCAGCCUUUGUAACGCGAUAGUAGCUGAGCGUCUCCAUUUGAAGCCAUCAAAGCUAGACAUUGAGAUGCUACGAAUAUUCGCUUGAAGAAAGAUGAGUUACCAUGAAUAGGGUGCCUAGCUUUUCACAUAUAGUUGGCGCAUUCGCGUCUCGCUUUGAGUCCACCGGUCAGCACGGCGCGACGCAUGACUGGCUUCAUAUAAUUCACUCCAAUUGCCUCUCAAUGGGAAUUGCUACCAACUAAUCAAUUCCAGUGGACAAUUCCAUCAAGUGGCGAGAAUCUGAUCCAUUCGGUUCAACUUAAGUCAAACUAUAGCGUCACAAACUUAUCUGGCCGCUGACAGCUACCGUGGUCGUAUACAUUCCUGUCAGGCUUGUCUACCACCCGAUAGUUGUCAGGCGGUCAGAAAUGUUUCUGGAACUAUGUACCUUUAAGUCAUAAACAGUCAUUACACGAUAGUUUACUAGUUCUUAGUUAGAAUAUCUAAGCAUACUUUGGGAGUGGUCAAUUUUAUUUUUACUCUUAGACAGGGAUCUUAUAGAAUUUGGCGAUACCCUAUCCCGGUAUGGGGUUGUUCACACUAGCGAAUCAUUUUGCUAAUACACUUCGGUAACAAACUUAGGGCGGUUUUAACAGAUCAUUUGUGGUUGAUCACAUGCAGUACCCUUAUUAUCCAGUGAUCAGAUAAAAUAACAAACCUUUAUAUCCACUUAUGGCCCUGUGAAGUGUUGUAGAUUUGGCACUCAGUCCCUUUCUAACACACUCUAGAAAGAUCAUCCAAAAUCAAUACAAAGGUCAACAGUUGGGGCCACUUUGGCCUUACGCAGUAUUCGUAGGAUUAAAGUUCCCUGGGUUCUUUGACUAAUCAGCUACUUUGGCUUGUUGUUUUUGCAGAAGGGAGGAGGUUGCCAAGCCAAAGGGCUCAGUAGCUUCAGAGGACUCCGACUUUUCUAUAAUUUUGGGUUAUAUAUCCAUCUUUACCUUACUUUGUGUGUCAGAAAGAGAAUAUCGGGAAGUCGGCCAUUACCGAAAGCCUGAAUUUAGAAGUUUCCGACCAGGACGUCCUACCGGCUUAUCGUAUGGUCCCAAAACGUUGAAACUGACAGCUGAACUAGCCCAUCGAUUUAAAGGGAUAAGUUAACUUAUAGUUGGUACCUCAUCAGAAAUCAGUUCACCCAUCUUAAAACUAAGAUAACCGAUAGAGCUGUCAAAGUUGCCUUUGUGGUCCGGUUAUAUCAGUCAACGAACUGAUGACCGCUAAGAUAGAUGAAGACCAAGGUCCUCCACAAACAGCCAAGCGUGGGACACCCUUUGAGCAGGACGACGACUUGCCACAGGAUUUCUUCACUAGUGUGGACAACCCCUUACAUUAUGUAUCUAUUUAUUCUUGCAUUUCAUUUAAGCUAUCAGAUUUUUACUACUUCUCUAUCAUCCCCUACCUUUUACUACUUACUGUGCCUUCUAAUCUGUAUGUACAUAAAUCAUUUCAUUAUGUUACAUCCUCUUUCUGCUGUUAGGAGUGUGCAGCAAAGCUGGUCUUUUAUUUUAUAUAUUUUGGUCGAAUUGGCAGUCUUUAUUCCAAAUUACGCUUGGCCCAAUAGAAUCUUGAUACGUUCAAGUCCUUCUUACAUACCCUAGAAAAUUUACCCGAUAUUUAUACAAUUGUAUUUGGGGGCAUUUUGGGUCUGUACAUUCGUAGGAUUAAAAUGCCCCCUGGGUUCUUUGUCUAAUCAGCUACUUUGGCUUGUUGUUUUUGCAGAAGGGAGGAGGUUCCAAGUCAAAGGGCUCAGUAGCAUAAGAGGACUCAUACUUCUAUAAAUUGGGGGAAAUUCGAAUCUUAUCAUCUUUGUCUAACUGUAUAUGUAAGAAGGAAUAGAGAUGUUGAUACAAGUCUAUUGGGAGAAGUAUUUAAGAAAUUGGCAUUUAAAUCAUGUUAUUUUAAAAUUUAUCUGCGUAUACGUUUUUGGCGCUGUAUUAGAACUAAUUUCAUUUGGAAACGAUGAUGUUAAGCCUAUGUAGGUGCCAUGUUAGAUUAAGCGGACGAACGCAGAAGUUAAAAUUUAAAUUACAAUUAGAUUUUAUUUUAAACCAAAUGCACAAACUAUGCACAAUUUCGAAGGAACCAACGCUUAUAGUUUAGAGUUUUGUGUAUUUAUAAAUUGAAGAGCUGUUGUGACGUCGAUCAUUGAAGACUGCGUAAAAUCAUCAUUUUAAUAGACCCUAUUUAAAUUUUAUCAAAAUUUCGUUUCGACUCAUCAAAGCGUAUACAUUGGAAAUAGAACCUUAAUACUCAUGACAGACAAAUACAUUCCACAUUAAGUAUUCUUAAAUUAAGUUUGUUAAUUUGUAUACUCACAUAGCUUAUCUAAUUUCGCGCAUUGUUUUAAUUAACUCGGUUAGAAUUUAGUCUAUUAAACGCAUUACGAAAGUACGGUCAUAGUCACAGCAAGACGCAGCCAUAAUAAAUGUAAUUUUGAAACAAUUAUUGUAAAGAAAGUCCAAGUUUACCAGAGUGAUUGACUGAAUUUUAAAUAUAAUAACUUUUCGCUUAGGGAACAGGGAUCAAAGUGAUGUACUUCGGAGUUAUCAUGUCGCUAUCGAUUGACCGUGGACAGGGUCUCUAGGAAACAUAUCACAUCACAUAAACGAUACAAAACUGUAGAAACAUUUAAUUUUAAAAUCAAAAGUCUAAAGACUUGAAGCUUAUUUUAAAAUAUAAAAUCUAUGGUAUAAGUGCAUCGCAACAGGGUGUUAAGGUAAGAGCGGUCUAGUCGGUUGGAAAUAUACGAAAACAAAAGUGAGAAAGUAAAUUUAUAGUAGGUGCGAGUACUUAUUCCAUUGAUGCACAGAUUCGAUUCAAAACUUGAAAAAUACAGCUGCGCAAACCUACUUUUUGUUUACGUAAAUGUGAAAAAAUCGUCUGCGGAAACGCUAACGAAUAGGGAAGCGAUCGGCGGACAUUUAGAAAGUUUUGGCAAAUGUAAUGAUGGAUAUUAUAUUUACAUUAAUCCAUUAUACUUUCAGAGUGAUUUUGCAUCUCCGAUACGACAUGGAUACCAGACUAGUGCAGUAUCAUUAUGAGUAAAGUAAAAUGAUAAAAUUCAUUUAUAUUUUACUUGUUUUGAAAUCGCAAUCGGGUGCGUUAUCGAUGUCUUAUCAAGCGAUGUAUAAACACUCAUACUCCUUGGACCUUCACAAAACGGCGUCAAUUAAAUUUUAAAAAUAUACAAUGCUUCAUCUACGCUAAUAAUUUAUUCUGAUAGUUAUCUUUUCCACACUGAUUUUUCUUCCUAUCUGUAUUUCCAUAGAAAUUAGAGUCUAAUUAAUUUUUACAAAAAUCUGACACUCCCUUCAAUCAAACAGCAUACAGAAGAUUUAUAUAAAAUCGGAGGUAGGCUCGGGCAGGUUUACACUCAUCUGUGACAACGCCAAUGGGCGUCAAGGGCGCCCAGAGGCCUAUGGCGGCCGUAGUUCGAAAUUGGUUGCUCAAAAAAUAUUCGGUAACCUGUGACGGGCAUUGUCCUGGCGAAUCUUGACGACGUACUUUUGUAGCAUAAUUCAUCAUUAAAAUAUCUGUUGUGAUAAUUACAUCAAUGAGAAAAUGUAUAUGAUAUACAAGAAAAAGAAGUUCUAUUAAUCAGGGAAUGAUAAAUUAUGCGAAUAAAUCGCUGUUGUUAUAUUCUCCUGGAGACAACAAGUAUUCGUCAAUUAACAUCACCCAAUCCCACGCCAGCAUUUUACAGUCAAAACUCUAAAAGCUGCCGUAUGAUUGGUCCACCGGCGCAUACGCUGUUGUAGUUGCAACUGUCACAGGCGGUUAAUCAGCAUGCGAACGCUGGUAAACCUUGUGCAGGAAGCAUCUCGGAGUUUAUAAGCUAUGCGUCGUGCGCAAGCUAGCCAGUUGCGUGAUCGUCGUCGGACGCCGGCGGUGACCGCGGCCGCCGUCCGGAAGCGUGUAAGCCCGCCCUAAGCUGCGUCCACUUGCCUGCUACUCAGUAGGCAAUGGCAUUUGCCGCGUCAGCCUAAUAAAUGUUUUCCGGCUUGGAUAAGCCGGAGCCACUUCUAUAUCUAGUGAUUGUAUGUUCGCGAUGAAUGUUAUAUUAUAUUUAAAGUAAUAUUGACGGAGGGGAGUGUUACGGGUUUUCCUCGACGCUUGUGUGUGGACAUGCACAAUUGAGCACUAGUUUUAGGUAUAUUUAUAUGUGUUAUAGGGAAUAGUUUGAGCUGGUAUAGGCUGUAUAUGUUGUGUUGCUUUUUCUGUAAAAAAGCGCUACUACUGUGUUGAUGUAUGUGCCAUAAGGUUUGUCACUCACUUGGAUUCGUUCGUUUCGGUUGCUAGUCCAAUUUCCACAUCUACCUACGCUGAUUUGAAAUCUGACUCUUUAUUUCGAAAUCUAUCUCUCACCCUUUGUCAUAGGUGUUGUACGGAGGAGUUUGUAGUAGAAUCACGAAUCUAAAUGUUAGUGUUAGUAUAAAGUCCCUAGUAUUAAUGUCCGCUUUUGAAAUAAUGUAUUUACCUAAUGCAUUGUAACUUUUUGUAAUCUUUUUUAACGUUGGAAACGUUAUCUAUUUGGCGUAAACUGUGCUAAUGAAGUGUAGAUUAUUAUGAUUGAUUCUCGUGUGAUAUUCAAACAAAUGAUAUUCUGAUGUGUUACGAAGAUUCAAAUUUAAAUUUAUGAAACAUAAAAAAUUAUUCAUUGGAAUUGUAAACGUUACUUUACCAUACCUGUGUACCAAAUACAUAAUAGAUACUAAAUUCAUACGUAACUGCAAACAGUGGUAGAUAACGCUGUUUGAAUAGGCGAAGAUGACCUAAUUCUAAUGCGUCAUGAAAAUUUAAUAUAUUUUGAAACUUUUGUCCUGUCCAUGUUCGCUCUUCAUCUCAUUAUAAUGAUUAUGUAUUGGUAUUGCAAACAUUUGUAUAAAAGUAACGUAAGUUUUAUUUUAAACGUUUCCAACGUGCUUAGUUUACGGCAAAUUGCCACAUUUUGUAUUUAUGACAAGUAUUAUAUUAUACUACAAGACCUGUUAGCUAGUCGACCGUUUUGUUUGUUUUAAACCUAGUUUGUAAAAUUAUAAAAGUGAUAGUUCGUUAAUUUUUAUUUCUUUAAAAAAGAUAUUUAUGAAACAGAUUACUAGUAAAGUCUUUUACGUUGCGGUUCGAAAAUGGUGCAUAUAUUUUCUCUUUCUCGUAAUCGUAUUUGCUAUGGACAGUUCGAUAUUACCAAAGAGCCAUUAAAUGGCAAAGGUAAAAACAUGCGCCAUUUACUUAUCUCAAUUAUAACGAUUUUAUUAGCACUUAUUAUGGAUGUACUUAUUGAGAAGUUGUUUGUGAUAAUUUUUAGUUACCAAUUGUAUUGUAUUGUCGGUCGACUCAUGUAUGUAUUUAGCUGCAUUGAAGCACAAUUAUUAGAUGUAGCUGAUUCUAUUGAAUGUCUAGAUAUUAACACAUUCUAUAUGUUUACUAAAACGAAGUAUGUAAUGUAUUUGUCAGGCGUAUGUACAUUGUACCUAUGUAUCCGUUUCCUCAACACAUUUUGGCAUAGUUAUAAGUACAUAGUUAAUCGAUAAUUUAUUGGCAUUUAAAGCAUUUUAAAACGAGGUCUCUGUCAAAGAACUAAUUCAGUUUUAGCAAAACUGUUAUGUGUAUUUUAACCAUUUCACUUUUGGAGAAUCUUUAAGUCUGAAUGUAUUCAAAAGGCAUUUAUUAAACGUAUUAUUUACCGGAAUCUAAAGUAAAUUUUAUCCUCAAUUCUGAUUGUGUUGAUAAAUUAAACAUACCCUGGUCCUAUUGUACUAGGGACAUUGUAAUUCUGUCAUAUUAUAAGAGUACGUAUUUUUAAUGAUUCACUUUUGCCUAUUCAUGUAUGAUAUACAAAAUACAAAAAUAGUUCUUAA